AGGCGCGGAGCCGCCCCAGCCGUCCUGCCGCCCUCCGCGCGGGCCGGCCGUCCCCUCGGGGCCCCCGGGCCCAGGGCCCGCGGCUCUGGGGGGCGGGCGGGGACCCCCGGGGCCCGCCUGCCACUAGGAGGACCGAGAACUCCGACCGUGGGGCGCCGAGGAGCGGCCGCGGUCCCCCGAGAGUCGCGCCCUGCUCCGGAAGCCGGGCCCUGCGCGCCAUGGGGCCGGGGCGGCGGCCGGGGUCGGGGCCGGGGGUGCCCGCGGGCAGCGGCGCUCGUGGGCAGCGCCGUGUGGCGCGCGGGGGGCUGGCCCUGGGGGCGCGCCGUCGGGGUGGACUGCAGCGCCCCCGAGCCGCGCUGCCUCUGGCUGCCCUGCCUCGGUCGCGGCGACCGCCACGCGCCCGGGUCGCGGCGGGCCAGGCUGCCCCUGGGCCCGAGAGAUGGGUGCUCUCCUGGGCGCCCCCUCCCCUGGCAGGGGCCGCGGACACUGCUGCUGCACAAAAGUCUCCAGGAUGGCUUUGGCUUCACCCUGCGCCACUUCAUCGUGUACCCGCCCGAGUCCGCCGUGCACUGCAGCCUGAAGGAGGAAGAGAAUGGAGGCCGAGGAGGAGGACCCUCCCCCCGGCACCGCCUGGAGCCCAUGGAUACCAUCUUUGUCAAGAAUGUGAAGGAUGAGGGCCCUGCCCACAGGGCGGGGCUUCGCACAGGAGACCGGCUGGUGAAGGUGAAUGGGGAAAGUGUCAUUGGGAAGACCUACUCCCAGGUCAUAGCUCUGAUCCAGAACAGCGAUGAUGCGCUGGAGCUCUCCAUCAUGCCCAGGGACGAGGACAUCCUCCAGCUGGCCUACUCGCAGGAUGCCUACCUGAAAGGGAACGAGCCGUAUUCUGGGGAGGCCCAGAGCAUCCCAGAGCCGCCCCCAAUCUGCUACCAUCGAAAGACGUACGCCCCGCCAGCCCGGGUCUCCACCUGGGCCAGUAUGGUGCCUGAGCCCCACUCAGCGCUGCCCAGUGACCCCCGGAGUCCUGCUGCCUGGAGUGACCCGGGGCCCCGUGUCCCAUCUACUGCCCGCACCCAUCUGGACAACCCUUCUUUGGGGAUGAGCCAGCCCCGCCCCAGCCCUGGUGCCUUCCCCCACCUUCCCUCAGAGCCCCGGACACCCCGUGCCUUCCCGGAGCCUGGCAGCCGGGUGCUCCCCAGCAAACUGGAGUGCCAGCAGGCCUUGUCACACUGGCUGUCCAACCAGGUACCCCGCAGGGCGGGGGAGAGACGGUGCCACGCCAUGCCCCCUCGGGUCCGCAGUGCCUCCCAGGACCGGUUAGAGGAUAUGACUGCCCGCCACCCGUGGCCCUGUUCCACCUCCCAGGGUGCCUUGAGCCAGCUGGGCCAGGAGGGCUGGCACCGAGCUCGCUCAGACGACUACCUGAGCCGGACCACCCACUCAGCUGAGGCGCUGGGGCCAGGGGCCCUGGUGUCACCCCGAUUCGAGCGCUGUGGCUGGACUUCCCAGCGUCCAUCGGCCCGCACUCCAGCCUGCCCGUCCAGAGACCUCUCCGGGCCCCAGGCUCCACCCCCACCUGGUCUGCAGGGCCUGGACGACAUGGGGUACAUUGGGUACCGGAGCUACAGCCCAUCAUUCCAGCGCCGGACUGGCCUCCUGCAUGCACUCUCCUUUCGGGACUCACCCUUUGGAGGACUGCCGACCUUCAACUUGGCCCAGUCCUCCGCACCGUUCCUACCAGAGGCCUCUGAACCACCCAGGGUUGUUCGGCCAGAACCCAGUACCCGGGCCCUGGAGCCUCCCGCCGAGGAUCGUCGAGAUGAGGUGGUCCUGAGGCAGAAGCCUCCAACAGGCCGCAAGGUGCAGCUUCCCCCUGCAAGACAGACGAACCGUGGAUUUGGUGACGAGUCCUCAGAGCCAGAGACCGGUGGGCGAGGGGAACGCCCGGGCAGGAAGGUGGCCCCUUUGACCACGACGGAAGACUCUCUGGCUUCCAUCCCCUUCAUCGAUGAGCCCACCAGCCCCAGCAUUGACCUACAAGCCAAGCACGUCCCCGCCUCUGCUGUGGUCUCCAGUGCCAUGAACUCGGCUCCCGUCCUGGGCACCAGCCCAUCCUCCCCAACCUUCACCUUUGCCCUCGGCCGCCAUUACUCCAAGGACUGCAGCAGCAUCAAGGCCGGCCGCCGCUCCUCCUACCUGCUGGCCAUCACCACGGAGCGCUCCAAGUCCUGCGAUGACGGGCUCAACACCUUCCGGGACGAGGGCAAGGCUCUCCGGCGCCUGCCAAACCGAGUACCCAGCCUGCGGAUGCUCCGAAGCUUCUUUACUGAUGGGUCCUUGGACAGCUGGGGCACUUCCGAAGAUGCUGACGCUCCUUCUAAGCGACAUUCAACCUCUGACCUCUCGGACACAACCUUCAGCGAUGUCAGGAGAGAAGGCUGGUUGUAUUAUAAGCAGGUCCUCACCAACAAGGGGAAGAAAGCGGGCGGCGGCCUGCGCCAGUGGAAGCGGGUGUAUGCCGCGCUGCGGGCGCGCUCCCUCUCGCUGAGCAAGGAGCGGCGGGAGCCCGGGCCGGCAGCAGCGGCGGGGGCGGCGGCCGUCGCAGGUGAGGACGAGGCGGCGCCCGUCUGCAUCGGCUCCUGCCUGGUGGACAUCUCCUACAGCGAGACCAAGAGGAGGCACGUGUUCCGGCUGACCACCGCUGACUUCUGUGAAUAUCUCUUUCAGGCUGAGGACCGGGAUGACAUGCUGGGCUGGAUCAGAGCGAUCCGAGAGAACAGCAGGGCCGAGGGCGAGGACCCCGGCUGUGCCAACCAAGCUCUGAUCAGCAAGAAGCUUAAUGAUUACCGAAAAGUGAGCCAUAGCUCUGGGCCCAAAGCUGAUUCCUCCCCAAAAGGCUCUCGGGGCCUGGGGGGCCUCAAGUCUGAGUUCCUCAAACAGAGUGCAGCACGUGGCAUCAGGACUCAGGACCAGCCUGCAGGGAGCAAGGAUGACAGUGUUGCUGCCCCCAAAAGCCCCUGGGGCAUCAACAUCAUCAAGAAGAAUAAGAAGGCAGCGCCCAGGGCAUUCGGGAUCCGGCUGGAGGAGUGCCAGCCAGCCACGGAGAACCAGCAUGUCCCCCUGAUCGUGGCUGCAUGCUGUCGCAUCGUGGAGGCACGAGGGCUGGAGUCCACGGGCAUUUACCGAGUGCCGGGCAACAACGCCGUGGUGUCCAGCCUGCAGGAGCAGCUCAACCGUGGGCCCGGUGACAUCAACCUGCAAGAUGAGCGCUGGCAAGACCUCAACGUGAUCAGCAGCCUGCUUAAGUCCUUCUUCCGAAAGCUACCUGAGCCUCUUUUCACUGAUGACAAAUACAACGACUUCAUCGAAGCCAAUCGCAUCGAAGACUCGAGGGAGCGGUUGAAAACGCUGCGGAAACUGAUCAGGGACCUCCCAGGACACUACUAUGAAACACUGAAAUUCCUCGUGGGCCAUCUGAAGACCAUUGCUGACCACUCGGAGAAAAACAAGAUGGAGCCCCGGAACCUGGCCCUGGUCUUCGGGCCGACGCUGGUGAGGACGUCGGAGGACAACAUGGCUGACAUGGUGACCCACAUGCCUGACCGAUACAAGAUCGUGGAGACGCUGAUCCAGCAUUCAGACUGGUUCUUCAGUGAUGACGAGGACAAGGGCGAGAGAACCCCUGUGGACGACAAGGAGCCGCAGUCAGUGCCCAACAUUGAGUAUCUCCUGCCCAACAUCGGCAGGACCGUGCCCCCUGGGGACCCAGGUCCGGAUUCCACCACCUGUAGUUCAGCCAAGUCCAAGGGCUCGUGGGCCCCCAAGAAGGAGCCGUACGCCCGGGAGAUGCUGGCGAUCUCCUUCAUUUCGGCCGUCAACCGCAAGCGGAAGAAGCGGCGGGAGGCGCGAGGGCUGGGCAGCAGCACGGACGACGACUCGGAACAGGAGGCGCACAAGCCGGGGCCGCUGCCGCCCGCGCCCGGACCCCAGGACCCGCCGGAGGGGCCGCUGCCGGGCGCCGCCGUCCCGGAGGGCCCCCCGGCUGCGCGGGAGGAGCGGCCGGCCGCGGACACGCGCUCCAUCGUCUCGGGCUACUCCACGCUGUCCACCAUGGACCGCAGCGUGUGCUCCGGCGCCGGCGGGAGGCGGCUGGGCGCCGGGGACGAGGCGGACGACGAGCGCAGCGAGCUGAGCCACGUGGAGACGGACACGGAGGGCGGCGCGGGGCCCGGGGGCCGCCUGGCGCGCAGGCCCUCCUUCACCUCGCACCACCUCAUGCCCUGCGACACCCUGGCGCGGCGCCGCCUGGCCCGGACCCGCGCCGACGGGGAGGGUGCGGGCGCCGGGCGGGGUGCGCCCCGCGCGGUGGAGACGCCCGGCUCGGCCUCGUCCAGCAGCCAGGAGUCGCUGCGCCCCCCGGCGGCCGCCGCGGUGACGGCUCUGGGCGCGCGGCCCUCGCGCCUCGAGGCCCUGCGGCUGCGCCUCCGCGGCACCGCCGACGACAUGCUGGCCGUGCGGCUGCGGCGGCCGCUGUCGCCCGAGACGCGCCGGCGCCGGAGCAGCUGGCGCCGCCACACGGUGGUGGUGCAGAGCCCGCUGACCGACCUCAACUUCAACGAGUGGAAGGAGCUGGACGGAGGGCGCCCCCCGGAGCCCGCGGGGCCGCGGCCGCACAGUGACAACAAGGACUCGGGCCUCAGCAGCCUGGAGUCCACCAAGGCGCGGGCCCCGUCGUCCGCGGCCUCGCUGCCGCCUGCGCCCGGGGACCCGGGGGCCCUGCAGACCCAGGCCCCGCGCCGCUCGGCCGCCUCCCGCCUCCACCAGUGUCUCUGACCAGCCCCCGCCCACCCCUCCCCACUCGCCCACGACUCAGCGCCCCUGGGAAACAGGCGUCUCCUCUGGCCCGCACCCCCGCUUCUGUUUCCCCGGGCGCUGAGGCCACGUCUCCGGUUUGCGCGCUGGAAUUGAGAGGGAGGGGCAGAGUGUGGAUGGGGAGGAGGAGGAGGCUGCUGUGUCUGUGUCCCCGGUAAAGGGCAGAGUGUGCCCUUACGGGCCUCUGUCUGCACUUAAAGACCCUGGUUGGCCAUGGGGUGUGGAUAGGGAACCCCAAGUCUCAGACUACAGGAAAGACACUGGGUGAUGCUGGUUCUUCCCUUCCUUCCUCUGUCCCCCCCCCCGCCCCCCCCAUUAGCUCCUAGCUCCUAGCUCAGGGGGUGGGGUGGGGUGGGGUUGUGUAUGUAUGUCUGGGGAGAGGGGGUAUAAGGUGUUGGUGUCCAUGGGAGGGGUGUUGUGUGUGCAAAUGUGUGUAUUCACUGUCCACAGGUGUUUCCAGUAGCGACUUCUGCCACCCCUGCUUCCUUUGUCUCCCCACCCCUACCAGGGCUCCUGCCCUUGGCACACACAGGGGUCCUCCCCCUGAUGCUUUUCAGAGCCAGAGAAGGGGGUUGGGGCCACUCCACAGAGGCAGGACUCACUCUCUCCAGGUAUACCCCCCCAUCAACCUUUUGGCAAACUCUAAAUCACCCCGCCCCCCCCCCCCAACCACCCAACAGCGCUUUGACCAUGGGGAGCUGCCCGUUCCCCUAGCAGGGUCCCGGGUCCCUCCCCUACUAGACCUCCCUUGCCUCUCUUUGUUCUUCCAGCUGUGCCUGCUUCUUCCACAACUCAGGCACACAGACCCCCACCUGCUGCCCUUUGGGAGUUAGUGAAACAUCCCAGUCUCUCUCUCUCUCUCUCUCUCUCUCUCUCUCUCUCUCUCUCUCUCUCACUCUCUCACACACACACACACACACACACUGAUUUAUGGGGUCUGAGCUGGACUGGUCCUUCAGGAUGGGCUAGACCCAGCCCUCCCCCUCUAUCCUCCCCCCUCCCAUUGUAAAUAGACCUCCCACCCCCAGGCCUCCCACACACUCACCAGGCCUCCCACACACGCCCUCACUCAUUCCAGGGAAGCCCGCGUGGGGCUGUGAACCCUACUGCCACGUCUGUCAGUCCUCUCGGUUCAUGCAAAGAUUUGCUGUAGAUUUCUCUCUCCUCCCUCCCCCCUGCCUUUUAUUGUAAAUACUGUCUCUACAUGUGUAACAUAUUAUAAAGAAUUUAUAAGGAUUUUUAAAGAUGUUCUGCUCAUUUAAAGAAUGUUGUAACCGUGUUGGAUGAGCCUCUGGCCCCACGUCCGCAUGCCUCCUUUCACGGUGUCUUGGACACACCUAUCUAGGCAACAACUAAGAGUUCCUGCUUCUGGAAAGUUCUGUCUUAAAAGUAUAGUCUAUAUCUUGGAAAUAAAUGGCCUUCCUUGAGGCACAA